GCACCGAGAGAGUGGGGCGUUUGGCAUUAGGAGCUCGAGCGCAGCCUGCCCCGGCAGGGACCCCGGCGUCCGCAGAGACCAUGCAGAGGUCGCCUCUGGAAAAGGCCAGCGUCUUCUCCAAAGUUUUUUUCAGCUGGACCACACCAAUUUUGAAGAAAGGGUACAGACAGCGCCUGGAGUUGUCGGACAUAUACCAAAUCCCUUCAGCUGAUUCUGCUGACAAUCUCUCUGAAAAAUUGGAAAGAGAAUGGGACAGAGAGCUGGCAUCCAAGAAAAAUCCCAAACUCAUUAAUGCCCUUCGGCGAUGCUUUUUCUGGAAAUUUAUGUUCUAUGGAAUCUUACUAUAUUUAGGGGUAAGGAUCUCAUUUGUAAAUUUAUUAUGGAUAAAAUAAUACUAAGUCAAAUUCAGCCAAUUACAUAUAUGAAUGUUUGUAAUAUUUUGAAAUUAAUCUGCCUGCUGAAUUGUUUCAGGAGAAAAUAGCAAAAUUUAAAAAAUUUGACAGUGAUAUACUCUUGCAAUAUGUUUUCUUUG